AUGGACGUGCUCAAUUCCAUCCUCACCCACCCCCACGGCACGGCGUUCAUACUCCUGCAAGCCGUCCUCGCCGUCGCCCUCGUUACCAGCUGGGCGCGCUGCUCCCUGCGCGGCCUCAAGGCCAUCAUCAUCUGCAUCAACAUCGCGCUCUUCGCGUACCUCGCGCACGCCAUCAGCGCCGUCUACGCCGUCAUGCCGCGGCCGGCCCCGCCGUUCGUCCUCUUCAGCCUGCGGCACGGCAUGGAGGCGUACGUCAGCAUCCACGCCCUGCGCCACGGCGGCCUCUGGGGUUUUGUUAUACGCGCCGCGGUCCUCGCCGCGAUCCACAAGGCGGCGCGCAUUCUGUAUGUUGGGCGCGGCUUGAUGGAGCUCUGGUUCCCGUUCAUUGCGGCGUUGGCGUUUGCGGCCUUAAGGGCUGCCGCGGAUUUCAAGAAUGUGGACAGGUGGGUGUUGUAG